AACUAUGAAGCCCUAUUUCAAUUUGCAACUGCGAUGGCGUCACAUGGAUGCCGUCGAUGCCCUCGGCACACCGAUCAGCCACAGCAGCACUGCCCCCACUGCCCUCUACGUCGUCACUGCUCCCACUGCCCUCUCCGCCGUCACUGCCACCACUGCCCUCUCCACAACCCUCACUUUCACGCUGUUAACUUCAUCAAACCCCAAACUCAACCAUAUUUCCCUCCUCUUCCUCACUUCGCUCCCUCACCCCUCAAAACGCAUCCCAAUUUUGAGUCUCUUCAUCAUAACGAACAACCCUUUUCUUCUGAUGCUCGGAUUUCACUUGAGCUGGAGCAUAUAGUGCUGGAUGGUGAGGAAGAGGAAGAUGAGCCGGUUUUUGUUCUAACUGACGAAUGGAGGGAAUUCUUUGCACAAUCUGAAGCUAGGAGAAAACUAGAAAAGAAGCAGGGCAAGAAGGGAAAGAAGUGAAUAUAGUGAGAAACGUUUGCUAACAAUACUUUUGGGUGGUCAAGAGGUUGCUCAAGGGUGGUUGAUGACCAUCCUGCUCUUUAGGAUGUAAUUAAUUUCUGUUGAACUAGAUGAGGAUCAAUCGUAUGACGAAAAGGGAUCGUGUCUGCAGUUAUUAAAAGGAUGAAUUACUAAUAUUUGUAGUUCAUUUAUUGUUUGUAAGAUGUUGUUAUUUUUAAUUUCCAAUUACUAAAGUCCAAUCCGUAAAGAAUGUGUUUAAAAUUGUCAAAGUAUCCUUGUGUCUGUGUAUUUGUAUAAAGCAUUUCUAAAUUUUGUAAGAUUAGAAAUGCCGAAUUAUGUUUAGGACUUGGAUUUUGCAGGCAUAACGAUUGGAGGGAUUUUUUUUUAA